UUGCAGAUUACUAAAAUCCGAAAAGUGAAAACAUUUCUGUUUAGAAAAUUUAAUAUCGAAACUCGAAAGUCAAAACAUGUAGUGCCUAUUAUUACAUUACAGUAAGUUUAUUUUACAAUUUCUGCCUUGCACCAGCUGCAAGUAAUAACCAAAUUCAGCGGUUAUGACCAAAAUGCUGUGCCUAAGAGUAAACCCUGCCUCUUUUCGUUUACUUUUGAUGUCUCAAAAGCUGGUGGGAGCCUUCACGAUGCCAAGUAAUGCCACCCACCUUGAGGCAUACGACACAACAAACGAGUUUCUUGUAAUGCAAAAAUCUCAAGUAAGAAGUCAUUUCACAACAGAUUUCAACUUAAACUACUUCAACAAUAAUGAAAACACAGUUCCUAAAGACAUCACCAACAUGUCCGUUGAGGAUAUUGAUAAUUUACUAAAGAAAUUGUUACAAAACAACAAUACAAAAGCUGCUGUAAAAGUAAUAAAAAAGUGCACUGAAAGCAAAAGAAUUAUUAGCGCUGCAACAGUCAAAGAAAUCUUCAGAAGCGUCAGUAUUGCGGGCCACGUAGAUUCAGUUCUAGUUUUGCUGAGUUAUGUAGAAAAAGUAAACCCCAAUUUGUACAGACGGAAUGGACAGUUUAUACAUUAUUUAGCAAAAGCGCAGUGCAUGAAAGGUAAUUCAGACAAAGGUUUGUCCAUAUUGAAAGGCGCAUAUGAAAAGUAUGAAGGUCUAAGGAAUUUUUAUAGAAUUAUUUUAAGAGAACUGAUUCAGGAUUCCGUGCUCAACAGAUCGGAGGCAUCUGUUGUUACUUUUAAAAAGUAUGUGCUGGAAUUUAGUGAAGAGUGGAAAGAUCACUAUCCCCUGGUCUGCUUUUGGCAUAUUUGUUGGUGCAGUGAUUGGUUUUCCGAUCAAAUGUUAUCUAAUGAGCUAUUGGAGACAUCUGAAGCACUUCGCUCAAUUGUUAAAGAAAGAUCAUUGGUGUUCAGUGCUAAUAUUUUGAGGGAGUUUAACGAAGAUGCUGUAGUGAGGAUGCUACAGACGUUACUGAAGUAUAAAAUGAUGGAAGAAUAUGUUAAAGUCUUACAAGUCCUCUUUGCUUAUAAAUUGAGAAACAAAGAUUUGAAAGGAUGCACGGAGAUUGUUAAGAACUGCGAAAUGCUGGGCAUAGCGCUACCUUCAAAACAGCAGGGAAGUUAUAUUAAGAUGCUCAUUGACCGAGAAGAACCUAGUGAUAGUCCGACUAAGUCCAAGACCUUUAAACUACAGUUCUAGAAUUUUGUGAAUGUGCUUUGACAUGAAUAAUGAAUAUACCAACAGUAACAGACUUACAGAAAACUGGCAAGUACUUUUGUGUUCCAGUUUUAUAUCUUUUUUUUGUGUGGUGGAUUGGUAGGUAGUGUAUGUAUUUAUUAAUUAUUAGUAUCAACUUUUAGUACUAUGAGACCAAUCAAUAAACAACUUUAAAAUAAAGUCGAAUUCGGAAGUCUCAUCUACUGCACACUAGAUGGCGCUUUUGUGACUUUGCGGUAGAUAAACUUGGGUUAUUAGGAGCCUAUCUAAAAUGCUCUGGAACCGAGCACAAGAAUCUUCAGUCUUGCAAGGAUAUAAAGAUUGUAGUUAUCAGAUCACUCCUUUCAAUCUGAUUUCACCUUUUACGUAAAAGGCUUUAUGAUGACUAAUUUAAAUGUCAUGUACUGAUCAUUUUGUGUCAGAUUUUUUGGUUCCCUGAGAACAUACCAUUGAGUUGUUGAUUAUACAAGUUAACACUACAAUAAAAAUUGCCUUAAUAUUUGUUUACAUUUAGAUUUUAGAUCAUAAUAAUUUGAAACAGAGUACUUACUUAUAAUGAUUUGCUGGUGGUUUAGUGCAGUAUUAUCUCGAUACUUAAAUCGUUUAAAUGGUUUUGAUUAGCCACUAAAAUUGCCUCCGAUUUACUAAUGAAAAGAAAAUACAUUUUUAUACUUUUUGUUUACAAAACUACUGUGCAAGAAAUUCUAUAGUUUUUUGUCUCUUUUAGUCGUACAAAUCGCUUUCGCGUUUACACUUGGGAUUGCUAUUAAAUGACAUAUUCUCAACAAAUUAAUCAAAGUAUAUUGCUAUAUACUUUGAUUAAUUUGUUGAGAAUAAGUGAAAGAGACAGACUAUAGGCUAUCUUUCUCACAGCUGCUAAGCUAAAAUGAAAAGGGCAGAGAGAGCGUCAUAUUUUUUACUCUAUCAACCAAAAUAUAAAGAAACACAAUAUUGUGCAUUGUACAAAAAACAAAUUGAAGGUACUGUAAAUAAGAUCAAAUAUUUUAAUGACGAUUGUGUAAAAAUAUAUUUAUUUAGACUGAA